UAUAAAAUCACUGACAUCUUAAAGAUUAUCAAGUGUACAUAGAACUUCGCGUAUUUCAACUUUUAAACAUGAACGUUAAAGCCUAGCAUUGAUUACCAGAUAACCAUUGGAAGAAACUGUAGAUAAGGCAUGUUAUUUUUCCUGCAUUCUGUCUUUGACGGGCAAAAUGAGAAAACGCGAAAGCACCACGACGAGUAAAUUAAUGUAUUUUUGCGAAAAUCUUACCGAUUAAGAAAUGAUCGCUGAAUAGAAAUGAAUGGAAUUUUUUUACAUCGAGUUGCGUCAGGCUGUGGAUCAUAAAUCUGACGCAUAAAAAGAAAUAUAUUUUUCGAAACUAAGAAACGUGUCAAUGAACGAGCUCAACAUGUGAUUAUUGACAUGAGAAUAAUCGUGAUGGUGACCACUAGCGAUCUGUCUGCAAACAAUUAUUAGUGAUUUAAAAUUAGUGAUUUAAACUAUAAUUAACGCCUGAAUUCUUGAAUAAAAAUAUAAAGAGUAAACUUCAGAAAUGGCUGAACCUGAUUUGACGGAAGUGAAGGAAGUCACUGUGACAAACGCAACAUCCACCUGCGAUAAGCGACAUUGUAAGGAGAUGCGGAAGGAUAAACUACCCCCAUAUCUUCGGGAUAGAGAAAGAAUACUUUAUCCACGUAAUACAAGAGCCCUACCAAAAACACCCGUAAUUGGUGGACAACCCAUCGAAGAAGAAACAUGCAUGGCUUUAAGGAAAAUGGUCUUUGGUUCUUGUGCAACCCCACCUAAGGUCGAAUGGGCAAGGACCGGGCUGACCUUACGACCAUAUGGACAAAGUUUAGCAUUUGGAUUGAGAACGCCCAGAAACACAACGAGAGGUCUCGUCACCGCAGUGCAAGCUGUUAUGCUGAAGCAUUUUUUGUUCAAGUGUGACAGACAAGACGUAGGUCCCGAAAUUUUGCUAAAACCUUCAUACGAUCGACAGAUUGAAGUGUUGACUUCUGCAAUAUCAGAAAUUAUCUGGCGUUGUGCAGGUGGUUUCUCUGUGUCUACAUGUCCAAAUGUCGUCAGCAGCAUCGUGCCAAAAGCCAUAGUAGCUCUACCGCAGGAUACACCAUAUCUUCAACACAGUGUACAAUAUUUUCAAGAUGGAUUAACAGAAACUCUACACCUUUUCGAGUUCAAUUCCUUGGAGGAUCUUGAGAUCUUUAUUAAGAGGUACUUGUACUUGUUUCACGACGAAGGCGGACCUGGCGCGAAGCUACUUUUAUAUAGCGCGGUGCUUUCGAGAGGCCUCUCAAAAAUUCGAAACGAUUUAGAAGAUCCAAAGGCAUCUAUUCUCGGUGGAUGUUCGGAAGAAGGUCCGAUCAGUAUUAUCAUCUUCAUUUUAACUGGACGUGCUUCACCACAUCUUCAUAAUGGAGUGCUUCACGUUGGUGAUGAAAAUACAUAUGCUGUACCGCAGUGGGGCGUCCUCAUGAGAAGCGAAGUGGGAUUCUUAGUACACGAAAGUGAUAGCAAUAUAGGCAAGCAACCGGGUUCUCGAUUGAAGACACCCAGUCUACCGAUAUGGGUAACCCUUUGUCUCGGUCAUCACGGCGUACUCUUCAACGCUAAUCGAGAAUUGCUGAGAAAUUAUCACGCAGAACGACGAUUUGAGGUUCAAUAUUUCACUUGCGGUGGCAGUCACGCUACGUUGACGGUGGAUACCAGGGCAAAUGAAACUUCCGGGGGAUCAGAUGCUGCAACAAUGGAAACCGCGGAUAUCGCCGCGACACCGUUAGAGAAACUUAUUCGAUCCAAGUGGCAGGAUGCUCUUAUACAAUGGAAUGGAACACCGGUAAUGUGAGGGAUACGAAAGGAUGACGAUCAGACCCACUCUUCCGUGUUAAGCCGUGUAUCCGUGAUUCCGCGUGAUGCUAAUCGAUCACUAUGCACGCUUAUCUCAAAGGCUUUUAAUUGCCGUUAGUGGUAUAAAUCCAUAGAAAUACGUAUGUAGGAAUUAGGUACAUAUAUGUGUCGUAAUGUCAGACGUUUCAUAAUUUUAAAUGUGUGAUAAAAUUCUUCCGGCGCUUUUUUAGACAAUAUAGCAGGCAUUUGUACGAUGGCCAAAAAGCUUUGUUAUUUUGUGAAAUAUUUUAAUUGUCAAUAAAUGGCUGUGUUAAU